AUGAAAGUGGGAAUAGUAUUUUUUUGUUUAAUCCUUUUUGUGGUAGUAGGAGCGUGUAACAAUGUGAAGGAAAAGAUUUUUAAGAAUAUUAAGAAAAGAACAAAAUUUAUAAUAUUGAAUGAACCGAUAGUAGAUUUAAGUUUCAGCGAGAAUUUAUUUCAUACGUUAUUAUUUGAUUUAGAUGUAGAUAAGAAUUUAUAUACAUUAGAUGAGAGUUUAUUAAAUCUUGAGAAUUUGAAUUAUUCUUCAAUAUUUCGUUUACUUGUUGAUACAUAUAAGAAUAUAAAAGAAAAUAGAGAUGAUAAUGAAAAUAUUCGAUAUAUAUUUUUAGGUACGUCAUUUUCAAGAAUUCAUCCUUUAAAUUUUGAAUAUUUUUUGAGAAAGCUGAAUAAAUAUAUAUAUAAUGAGAAUGUAUAUGAAAAGGGUAAUGUGGAUAUUAGAGGAAUAUUAAAUGAAUAUAAUAAUGAGAUUGAAGAAAAGAAAAUUGAAAAAGAAAAACUUAACAAGAUCAAAGAUAAGAAUAAUAAUGAUAAUAUUUAUAAUGAUGAUAUUGAUGUACAUGAAGUGUUAGAAGAUAUUAUUAGAAAAGAAAAGAAAUUCUUUUUAAAUGAUGAUGAUGAAAAUGAUAGUAAUGAUAAAUAUAUUUUAAAAACAGAUGAAGAUAAUAAAUAUAAAGGAUUUUUUAUAGGAUAUGGUUUUAAUGAUGAAAUACCAUCUGUAAUUCAUCAUUAUAAUUUUGAUAAGAAUUUUUUAUUUCCUUCUUUAAAUAGUGGUAUAUUAUUAGAUAUAACAUUAUUAAAGAAUAUAUAUGAAGUUUCAAAUGUAUUAUUAUCUAGAAAUGAAAUGGAUGAAUCUAUUCAUAUAGAUUAUAUAUAUGAAGUAACAAAAUAUAUAAAAGAAAAUUUAAGAGUAAAUUUAACUCAUUCUGAAAAUGUAUGUUUAAAUGAAGAACAGAAUAUUCAUUUAUUAGAUCAUGAUCCUAAUAAUUUCGAAAUAUAUAAAUAUUAUCAAGUCUUAAACUUAUUUAAAGAUUAUAAUAAGAAUACACAAGAAGAGAAAUAUGAAGUAAUAGGACAUGAAGGAAUAUCUGAAGGUAAUGAGGAUGCAAAUAAAAAUAAUAAUAAUAAUAAUAACAAAAAUAAUAAUAAUAAUAAUAAAAAUAAUUAUAGUUAUAAUGAAGAUGCUCUUGCCGAAUUGUUACUUUCCUAUUUUAAUGUAUUCUAUCCAAUUUCUACAUGCAUGUGUUAUUCAAUUCGAUCUAAGCAUGAAUCUCUAAUGGAUUAUGAUAAGUAUCAUAUGAUAAAUUUAGAAAACGAUAUAAAAUUAAAACAUUAUAUAAAAGAAACGGAAGAUAUACAUUUUAAUAGUAUUGAAGAAUAUAAAAUGAAACUUAAUCGUAUAAAUUAUAAGUAUGAUACAUUAUUAGAAGAAAAUGAAAAUUUAAUUACACAUAAAAAUAUAUUAAUAGGUAUAAAAACUAGUAUUAAUACAGAAGAAGAAAGAAUACCACAUAUUAAAAAUACAUAUGAUAAUAAAGAAAAUACACAAUUAAUAUUUAAUACAUUUAAUUAUGAUAAUAAAUUAAAAGAAAAAAAUACAUUUGGAUUUUAUAACAAUUCUUUAUUACAAAAUGCAUUAGAAAAUGAUAAUAUAGAUUUAGAUAUUAUCUAUAUGUCAGAUAAAGAAAGUAAUAAAUAUGAUAAUUUAUAUUUUAAUUCUAAAGUAACAUCAAAAGAAGGAUUAUGUGAGAAAUUAAAGCAUAUGAUAUAUUAUUAUUAUGAAGAAUAUGUAAUGAAAAAUUCAGAAAAAAAAUAUUUCUUUAUAGCAGAUGAUGAUACAUUUGUAAAUGUAAAAAAUUUAAUAGAUGUAACUAAUUUAACCUUAAAUACAUGUUCACAUUCUAAAAAAUAUAUGUAUGAUAAAUAUAUCAAAUCUUAUGAUUUUGUUAAAGAAAAUGAAUCUUUAUUUCUUCAAAAUUUUCCAAAAAAAACUUUAUUCCUUUAUUCUUAUUUGAAGGAUACUUUUCACAAAACAAUACAAACAUUGAAGAAGUAUGACUAUGUGCCUAAAUAUUGUCAGGGUGGUGUAACAACAAAAAAUAAUGCUAAUAAUAAUAAUAAUAAUAAUAAUAAUGAUGAUGAUAUUAUCGGUGAUGCAAAUAGUGACAAAAAUGAAGUAAAUGAAGUAAAUGAAGUAAAUAUAAUAAAUAACAACAACAAUAAUAAUAAUAACAACAACAAUAAUAAUAAUAAUAAUAAUAUUUAUAAUAAUAGAGCAAAAUCUAUACCUAUCUAUCUAGGAAGAAGAUAUUCUUAUAAUACAUUUUCUACAAAUUCAAAUGAAUAUUUUUAUGAUUACUUAACUGGAGGAGCUGGUAUCUUAAUUAAUGAUGAAACAGCUAAACGAAUAUAUGAAUGCAAAGAAUGUACUUGUCCCUCAACAAAUUCUUCUAUGGAUGAUAUUAUAUUUGGUAAAUGGGCUAAAGAAUUAAAUAUAUUAGCAAUAAAUUUUGAAGGAUAUUUUCAAAAUUCUCCAUUAGAUUAUAAUAAAAAAUAUAUUAAUACUCUUGUACCUAUUACAUAUCAUAGAUUAAAUAAAAAUAGAACAAUCAAAGAAUCAAGAGAUAUGUAUUUUAAUUAUCUAGUAAAUUAUAGUAGAAACGAUAAACAACAAAAUAAAGAUAUAUAUAUAGAUUAUCUUGAUAGAAAUCAUAAAAAUAUGAUUGAUAAUGUAUUUCAUUAUUUUUAUUAUCUAAAUAUGUAUGAUCAAAAAAAUAAAGUUGUCACAAAAAUUCAAAACAAUCAACAUAAUAUGGACACUAAAACGAAUAAAUCAGACAACACACAAAAAUUAAAUAAUACCCAAGGGGGAAAAAAUGUUAAAGGAGAUAAAAACAUAAAUGGUGAUGAUAAUAAUUAUAAUGUAGAUAAUAUCGAAAAUAUAGAUGAUAUUAUCAAUAUGGUUGAAAGUGUUGAUGAUGAAAAUGUAGAACAUAACAAAAAAGAAACAGAUAACCACAAAAAUGAUCAUAAUGAUUAUAAUAAUGAAGAAAAUAAUAUAAAUGUGAAAAAAACAACCAUAAAUACUAAUAUAGAUAAUAAUAAUGAAGAUACUACAAAAUAUGUUAUAAAAAUGAAUGAAAAAAUUUAUAAUAAAAUGCAAGAAAGUGAUAAAUACAAACAAUUAUUCGAUAUAAAUAAAUUCUUCAAAAAAGAAAUAGAAGGACAUCCUUAUUUUCAAAAAAUUAAAAAAAAAAAUGAAAAGGCAAAAAAAGAAAAAGAAAAAAUGAAUCAAUUAAAUAAACAAAAGGAUUAUACAAAUAAUUAUUUCCAUUCAUCAAAUAUGCAAGGAAAUUUUAAUCAACAAAAAAUGGGAAACAAUCAAAAUGUAGACAAUCAAGAAAAUAAUAUAUUUGAACAACGUCCUGAAAUAGAAGAAGAUGCAAUCAAUCCAAUGGAUUAUGAAGAAUAUAUGGAAAAUUUAUCAAAUUUUGAAGAUGAUGGAGAACCAUAUGAAGAAUAUGAUGAUUAUGAUGAUUUUGUAAAUACAAUUAAUUCUGAUAAAUUUAAAAUUAAUGAUCAAAAUAAACACUUAUAUGAACAAAUCAAAGAUAUAGCCCAACCACCUGUUCAAAAUUCAAAUACUUUUGAUUUUGACACAGAUGAGUUGUAA